AUGGCUUCCCAGUCCACAAACCUCGAAGACGUCGCGGACUUCCUCCUCUCCAAGGUCGACAUCCAGGUCUCUGGCGCAUGCAGUGUAUCUCGAACCCAGCCCAUCGAGUGCUACUAUCCAUUUCAUCGACCUUACAGCGCCCACGGAUCGAAGAAACAUGCACCUAUCGAUAUGUUUGAUGACAACACUCAAGACGUUCUUCACCGCUUUCACGAAUUUCUUGACGGCCUGGGAACGCAGAUGCUCACAAUCACAGUCACGAGUAUCGUCAGGGACAUGAUCGAAAGUUACGGUUCCAUCCGAGAUACAUUGACAGCCUUUUACACUUUCGAGAACCCAAAUCUGUUUGAAGCGCUGAAGGAGUUCGUGCUCACUCGCGAAUGCUGGCACUACCCUCGGAAACAGGAGCCCGCACUCGAGGUCACAUUCUCGGUGACCAGGCUUCGUUCAGUCCGCGCGCGUGGUUCAGGUGGCCGAGACAUGGUCUUCAACUUACACUACAGCUCGAAUCCACCCACCCUUGGAUUUCACGGGCUUCAAAAUGUCGUGAGCGAGAGCAAAGAAUUCAUCCUCAAGCCAACAGUCCGUUCCGCACGUCCAUUCUCGGAGCUCAGCAUGGUAGACGUGGAUUACUUUGUCGGCCCAUCCCGCGACUGGCUGGAAUGGGAUCCCACCAACACCUGCUUUCGCGGCAGAGUGCCUCCCGGAAUUGCGUCUGUGGCUGGCGUGCAGCGUCAAGAUGCGUACACCAUGCCGCUCGAGAUCACGGCUUCUAUCACCAAGGUCUUCCCUGGCGGCAUUCGAUACGAAAAUGUCAUACGCUGUGCUUUACCGCUCACCGUCAAGCGGCGACCGGAUGACUGUGGACCGUGCUACGGACGUGCCGGCGUUCCAUCUCCUAUGAAGUCGCUGUUCUCCAUUCCCGGUCUUGUACUGCCACCACCCAUGAAUGUGGAAGUCCGCAUGAUGAGGGACUUCACUCUGCAUAGUGAGACUGAUCAGCAUGCUCCGGGACCAUCCACCAGCAAGCGCCCGACAACGCCUCGAGUACCACGCACUAGAGUGAAGGCGAAGAUCCCGCUCGGCCCCAGAGAGCCGAAUGUGGGCGACGAGCCACGUGAGAUGGGCUCUACACAUGUCGACAAGUCUGGUGAUCUCGCAUCUGAUUCAGACAGCGGUACGCCCGAGCCGACUCCGAAAGCUGUGAAUAUCCAUCUCUCGCCCGAGCAUCCUCGUCCGACUGCACAUUCCGCCAAGCGUCGCUUCUCCUCGGAAGACAUUUGCAGGAGUGCUCCGCGGCGGAAAAAGGGCAUCGUGGCCCUUCCUUCGCAACCAGCUCUGAGCAACUUCGAAGACACCGCCAUAUUGCCAGAAGAUCCGGUGAUUCGAUCUGCCGCUAAGGACGCCCCAGAUACCGUUGCCUCCCUGCGCUAUCUGCACAACUGCGUUGACAAAGUCUUCGCUAAGGCUGGAGCCGCGGAAUGGAACGAGUUCUAUCGUCACAUACAACGUUUCCUUCCGUCACACUUCGACACGCCAAGCAAGCUGCCGUCAACUUCCGCUGAGCGUGCGCCGACUCCACCCCCUCAUAAGUUCGAUCCGAAGUGCAAGGUGGUUGGUGACAACCCUAUCGACGAGGAGUUUGCUCCACGGUCGCGAUCGUCAUCCCAUGUCGACAGCGUACGACGCGGCCAGACGCCUUCGCCGAGCAGAGACGAAGUAGAGCCUGUCAAUGUGGAACAGUGGCAGAGGGAAAUCCAGCGUAACUUCGAGGAGUUCAAGGAGCACAAGAGGGACUUCAGUGAGGGUAUUGAUACCAAGAUGGCGGAUGCUGAAGCUUGGAGUGAGUCGGAGCUGAUCCUGCCAGAGUAG